CACCAAAUUAAGUACAUGGCAUAGCAUGCUGUAACAUCCACCAAGAAACAAGUUAAAUAAUAAUAGUGCGUGGAAUUUUAUCUCUGCCGCUCUUUGCAAGAUUGAAGCAUAUUCUAUUUCUGGCAAAACGAAGCGUAGAGAAUGCAGAGACGCUGAAUUCAAGUUGUUUCUUCACAUUUGAAAGCCAAUGGGAAGAUUGUUGAUCAAGAGUCUGCUCUCAAGUAAAUUCCCCUUGGUGGUGAGGUGCUUUUCAUCACUAGAACCAAAUGUACUCAGAACUGGAGAUAUCUUAAGACAAACAAGGAUAUAUUCGAGUGAAGAUGUUCUUGAAUAUUCUAAGGUUAGUCAGGACUCCAAUCCUCUUCAUUUCGAUCCCGAAUCUGCUAGAACCGCUGGUUUUGAUGAUCCAAUUGUUCAUGGGAUGCUUGUUGCUGCACUAUUUCCUCGGAUCAUUUCCUCCCAUUUUCCUGGAGCAGUAUAUGUAUCCCAAAGCUUGCAUUUCAGGUUGCCAGUCUAUAUUGGAGAUAAGAUUCUUGGCGAGGUACAAGCUCUUAACAUAAGAGAAAUCAAGAAGAAAUACCUAGUAAAAUUCUCAACAAAGUGUGUGAAGAAUGGCGAAAUUCUAGUUCUUGAUGGUGAGGCAAUGACAAUUUUACCAACUCUAGCUGUAGAUGAAGAACAAUCCACGAUAGAUAGAAACUAGUGCAAAGUGAUAAUUGCAGGUUUCAAUGGCAUGAUGGUCUAUUGCUGAACAGAGUUUUUGGAAGACAGUGAUAGAUUUCGAGUACCUUCCUCUUCUUUGGCAUUCUGUUAAUCUCUAUCAUAAUCGAAGCUUAAGAAUCUACUCCCAAGGGGGCAUCAUACAUGCUUCCAUGAACAGCCUCGAAUUAGUUCAUUUCUAUUAUUUAUUUAAGCUACGUACCUGAUAAGAGACCAUGUCUUGUUUUAAUCUUACCAAGAUGCAUCUUUUCAUUUUUUUGGUGAAAGUAUUUCGCAGUAGUUCCAAAGUAAAACUGAGUUUUUUGCAAUAUA